CAUUUUAUAACUGUGCUUUAUGCACGCCAAACGCGCAACAAAUUGAUAUUAAGCAUUGCCUUAUAUUUUACAAUACACCAACACACUCUUAAAUGUGCAGUUGCAGUUAAAGUUUGUAAGUUGAAAUGAAAAGCGAUUGUCUGCUAUUCUUGUUGUUGUCGUGGCUGUGUUGCGCAGCCGGCGACAGCAAUUCGGAUUCUAGCAGCGGCAGUAAACGUACACGUCGCGCUUCUAUAGAAGCCAGCAACAAUGCCGCGGCAGCGCAGCAACUGCACAGCAUUGUGGAUUUACCGGAAUGUCAGGAUUUGCGCAAAUAUUGCACGCAUCAAACGACCAGCGAUAAUCUGGCUAUGCUAGAGUGUGCGCUAAGUUUUAGCUCUAGCCAAGUAGAGGCGUUGCCCGAUCGCUGCCAGCAUGCGCUUUGGCUGCAACAGCGUCAGCUGCAAUCCAGCACCUGGUUGGAGCAAACACUACUGCCCACUUACUGUGCCGCAGAGCAAAGUAAGCUUGUCACCUGCUUUAAUGCGGUGGACAUGUGGAGCUGCCUGGAGGAUCAGCGUCAACAGCUGCCGCAGAGCAACAGUUGCCAACAGCUUCUAAGACGCGCUUAUGCCACGCUGGGUCAGGAUUAUGCUAGCGUAACAGAAUUUUACUCCGCCUGUGGUUCCUUGGUUGAGUCGCAGCAGUGUGGACGCAUGAAUGUCGAGCACUUGCACGCACAGCUUUCCCAGCUGGGCACGGCACAAUGUCUAAUGGCGCAUUCCAGCCAAGCCAAGCCCAUUGAUAUCAGCUGUAAGCUGGCCAUAACGGGCAUUGAACAACAGCAUACCAUGUUGGAGCUUAUGCGCGUCUGUGCCGAUGAGCAUGCAGCGCUGUGUGGACAGGAAAGCCAUAGUCCUGCCGCUGGCUACAAGUGCCUCAUAAAGCACAAGAACGAUCCACUGAUGGGCGCUGCUUGCGCCGCACAAAUAGCGCUGCGUGAUCAGCAAAUGGGACACGACUAUAGAGUCUCGCAUGGUCUGGCCAAGGCCUGCAAGGAUGAUAUUAAACAGCAUCACUGCCGACGUGGCGUAUCCGAGGAUAAGCAAGUACGCUUGGCUCAGAUACUGCUCUGCCUGGAGUCUGUCUCAAAGAAUGGCACCAGACUGGCGCCCGAUUGUUUGGUAGAGCUGUCCGAUCAUCGCCGCAUGUUGAUGAGCGACUAUCAGCUGUCGCCGGAGCUGCUUAGCGACUGCGCCGAUGAUAUACCCAAGUUUUGUCCGCAGCAGCACAAGGCGCAGCUGGUGAAUGGCUUGUCCAGCUCUGGCGGCGAGAUUAUACACUGUUUGUUGGAGCAUGUGCGUGCGCGGCGUCCACAGCGUCGGGUGACAGCGCAAUGCCAGCGCGGACUGGAAAUGCUGAUAAAGGUGAGCGACGCUGGCGAGGAUUGGCGUGUGGAUCCAGUGCUGCGACGAGCCUGCAAGCCAGUGGUCGAUGUGGCCUGCAAGGAUGUGGAGGGCGGCGAGGCGCGCGUCAUGAGCUGCCUAAUGGAACGCAUUGGCACGCCGAUUAUGCUGCCCAACUGCGAGCAGGCGCUGCUUAUCAUUGAAUACUUUGUAGCGCGCGACUUCAAGCUGGAUCCACAGCUGUAUAAGCAUUGCCGCGAUGAUGCCAUCAAGUACUGCCGCGCCAAGCGUCAGUGGGAUGAUGCACAGGACGUGCAAAUGGAUCCGGAGCGUGGUCCCAUGAUACUGCCGUGCUUGCAUCGCAUGGCGUACAGCGAUGAUGACAAGCAGACGCUGCGCAAGGAUUGCUUUAGGGAGGUGAAGCGCGUUAUGCGCCAGCGCGCCAUUUCAGUGGAUUUAAUGCCCGAGGUGGAGGACUAUUGUCUGUCGGACCUAUCGCUGUUCUGCGGAGAACGCACAGAGAAAGGCGCCGAGAUGGAGUGUCUGCAAAAUAAGCUAGAGGAGCUGCAGCCUGAAUGCAAGGCCAUGGUCACCAAGUACACCGAGGAGGAGGCAGCCAAUGUGGAGCUGAAUCCUGUGAUUAUGUCCGUCUGUGCGGAGGCAAUGCAGCAGCAUUGCUCGGAUAUACUGCAAAGCGGCAAGGACAAUGGCAACAUGAUGGACUGUCUGAUUGCGCACAAGAAUGAUGCGGAUUUGCGCAAGGAUCUGCGCUGCCGUGCGGCCAUUGAACAUUUUCAAAUUAUUUCGCUGAAGAGCUAUCACUUUACCACUAAAUUCAAGGACGCCUGUCGUCCAUGGGUCUCGCGCUUCUGCGUAGCCAGCGCCACCAAAAACGAAGUGGUCGCCUGCCUCAGCGAAGUGAUGCGCAAUGAUACGAUCAAGGCGCAGCGUCCGCAAAUACCCAAGGAGUGUCGCCAGCAGGUCAAGGCGCAGCUUUAUCAGCAACGCGAGAGCAUUGCGCUGGAUCCCAAACUGGGCCAAGCCUGCAAGUUUGAGCUGGAGCAGUACUGUGCAGAUCAAAAGGCUCCCGGUCAGGUGAAUAAAAAUGCUCUAGAGUGUUUGAUACAAAAGACUUCGCGCUUGGGCAAGGCUUGUCAUCAUGCCAUCUUUAUGAUCAAGAAAUCGGAGCUGGCGGACAGCGGCACAGACUAUACGCUGCUGAAUACCUGCAAGGAAAUGGUUUUCAAAUACUGCCCCAGCACAGACUCUGCCAAGCUGCUGGACUGCCUCAAAACCUACAAGGAUGAUCGCAACUUUGAUCAGCGCUGCCAUUUGGUUGUGGUCAAUCGCAUGAUUGAACAAAAUACAGACUUCCGGUUCAAUCCAACGCUGCAAAGCGCUUGUGGCAAGAACAUUGAUAGCUACUGCUCGCAUAUUGUGGCCACAGCGCAGCCCAAUGAGGAACUCAACGGCAAGGUUAUCAAAUGUCUUAAGGACAAAUUCAGACAAUCAAAACUGGACGAGAAAUGUGCAAAGGAAAUGAUCAAAAUAUUGCAAGAGCAAGCACUCAAUUAUAAAUUGAAUCCAGUGCUGCAGCAUUUUUGCAAGUCGGAAAUUCAGGAGCUGUGCAAGUCGCACAUGGAGGCCGAUGAGCAUGGCCAGGUGGAGGAAUGCCUCAAAGCUGCCUUUCUGCAAAAGCAAUUAAUCAAUCGCGAGUGCCAGAUUGAGGUGGCAUCGCUUAUAGCUGAGUCCAAGGCGGAUAUACAUGUCGAUCCCAUAUUGGAGUCGGCUUGCACUGUGGACUUGUUGCGCUACUGCUCGAAGGUGACCAACGGCAAUGGCAGAAAAUUAAGUUGCCUCAAGACGCUGCUGCGUGAGACGCCAAAUUCUUUGGAAGCAGAUUGCCGUGAGAAGCUGCAGCGACGCAUUGAAAUGUUUCACAAUGCGGAUGACGCACUCGCUCUCCCACCGGAGGAUAUGCAACAGCUGGUGCAACAGGUGGUCGCAUCGCCAGCGCGCAAGUUCUUCCUUGUGAUAUUAAUGAGCGCCACGGGCUUGAUCUUUUUAAUGGGUCUUGCGCUGGGACGCGCCACCAAACGUGCAAUGGGCUUAAAGAAUAAAUAAUACAGACUGUAGUUGAUAUGAAACUAGUAGCUGCGAAUAGCUGAUUUGUAGUAGUUGAAACGUAUGUGUAGGUUGAUUGUGUGCGCUUCCCUUUAUUACACGCGCUUGUUUGUUUUGAAUUUUAAAAAUUGCCCUUUUCCACUGCAAACAGCUAAUUUUAAAGUCGGCGAAUUGUGGCUUAAUCGUAUGUAAGACCAAAAAUAAAAAGUGUAAUUAAUUUCACAGAAAACCCUAAUUAGAUAAGUUAAAUGUAUGUUUUUGAUUUAAUCUGUCUUAUGUAACUGCAAUUGUAAAAUAAAUUGUAUUUUUAUAAUGA